AUGACCAGAGAUUUACACAAAUUUCAGGACAAUGGCAAAGCGGUGCCAGAGCAGCGGGAUCCAUGUGAAGAGCUCAGGAUUAUUCUCUUGGGGAAGACUGGAGUUGGAAAAAGUGCUGCUGGAAACACAAUUCUUGGUGACAAGUUUUUUAAAGUGAAUUUGUCAUCAUCGUGUGAGACAAAGGUUUGCUGGAAAGCUACAACGAAUGUCAACCACACAAAUGUUGCUGUUAUUGACACACCAGGACUGUUUGACCCCAGCUUUACUAUCGAGGAGAUGGUCAGCAGAAUUAAGCUGUGUAUUCCCCUUUCUACUCCCGGUCCACACAUCUUCUUGCUGGUGCUUCAGCCUGGUCGGUUCACAAAAGAGGACAGAGACACAGUGGACAUUUUUCUCAAAAUAUUUGGAGAAGAUGCAAAUAAGCAUGCCAUAAUUUUGUUUACACAUGGGGACAAGUUUGAGGGAAGAAAUAUCCAAGAGUUUGUCACUGACAAUCCUGAUUUGAAGAUACUCUUCAAGAAAUGCCAGAAGCGAUAUCAUGUUUUUAAUAAUGAGUCCAAAGAUACCAUGCAGGUUGAUCAACUUUUUGAAAAAAUACACAAGAUAAUUUCUGAGAAUGGAGGAUGUUUUUAUACCAGUGAAAUGCUAGAGAAGGCAGAGAUUGCAAUUCAAGAGGAAAAACAGCGAAUCUUAAUGGAAAACGAAGAGCAGAGAAGCAGAGAACUGGAGGAUCUGAAAAUCAGAUAUGAAGCAGAGGCUCUCGAACAGGCCAUAACAGAGCUGUGGGAAAGAAAAGAGAGGGAGGCGAGAGAGAAAGCAGAAAGAAACAACACAUAUCUCAAAAUAAUUGCAGAAUUUCUGUUCACUACUCUUGAAAAGUUCAUUAUGAGAAACCUUGGACAAAAUCAAUGAAUGAUACUGGCUGAACACCUGUAGGUUUAUGAAUCUUUGUCUUUAUAAGUCAAUAAAUUUAACUAAUUCAUUCUAAAAUGAUGAUUCAUUCAGGAACGAAAGAAGUUUAUGAACAAGUCAUUGAAUCAGUCCUCUGGAGCCCCUAUAUUUAAUUCUAGUUCUUUCUUUUUUUUUAAA